AAAUUAUCCAAAACGAAGGGAAAGAGUCGCUGAGAAGUCGCGGAGAGGAAAACGACUCUCUCUCUCUCUCUCUCUCUCCUUCCUGUACGUGGAAAUAGAGAGAGGGAUUUCCGAGAGGUUCAUCAGAAAAUUCAUUGUUCAAUCCAGAGAGAUAUACACUACACACAUAUAUAGUACAGAGAGAGGGAGGGAGACGGAAAUGGAUCAGAUAUUGAACAAGGUGGGAUCGUACUGGAUAGGGCAGAAAGCCAACAAGGAGAUCAACUCUGUCGGUGAAGAUAUUAAUUCAUUGUCCACCAGCAUUGAAGGAGGAGCAAAAUGGUUGGUUAACAAAAUCAAAGGGAAAAUGCAAAAGCCAUUGCCAGAACUGCUAAAGGAGUAUAACAUGGCGGUGGGAAUCUUCCCUCGCGAUGCCACCAAUUACGAGUUCAACGAAGAGACGGGUAAGCUUACUGUCUACAUACCCACAAUCUGUGAAGUGGGUUACAAGGACUCGUCUGUGAUGCGCUUUUCAACGGUUGUAACCGGAUAUUUGGAGAAAGGGAAACUAGCUGAUGUAGAGGGCAUAAAGACAAAGGUGAUGAUUUGGGUGAAAGUUACAUGUAUCUCAGCUGAUGGGGGAAAGCUCCAUUUCACAGCCGGGAUGAAGAAAACCCGGAGUAGAGAUGCGUAUGAGGUUCUUAGAGAUGGGGUAAGUGUAGACAAGUUCUGAAUUAAUAUUGGUUUGGGGAUUUGUUUGUUUGAAGGACGGAAGGAGUAUUAUUAUUAUUAUUAUUAUUAUUAUGUAUGUAAUGUAAACGUGUAAGCUGGAAAACCACCUCUUUUGGGGAACAGCCCUCUUUCUGCUUGCAUUCUCCACUGUUGGCUGCUGUAAUCGUCAAAAAUGAUCUGUUUUCUCUUC